CCUCUUUGAUGGGGGAAGGGGAGGACCGGAAAAGCAGAGAGAUCUUUCUGGAUGUCCUGGGAGAGCAGCCCUUUGGGUGGAGGCUGGAGGCAGGGAGGAAUCGCCUCACUGUGCCGUGAGAAGGGCCCCCAAACUCAGGCGAGACAGAGGGAGGGUCAAGAACGCCGAGGCAAAUGUCACUUGUGCCUUGUUUUUUCCCUAAAGAAACUAAACAAAGAGGCUGCGUUCGGUGGCCCCUCAGGAAGGCCGGUCAUUUCCUGAGGAGAUAUCAGGCCAGCCCAGGCCCCAUUGUUCCCGGUUUCCAGCCAUGGCUGCCAUUACCUGACCAGCGCCACAGCUGGUCUCUCUGCAGGCGCCGGGAGAAGUGACCAGAGGGGUUUCUGCUUUUCACAGGGCGGGUUUCUCAACGGUGACUUGUGGGCAGUGCCUUCUGCUGAGCGAGUCAUGGCCCGAAGGCAGAACUAACUGUGUGUGCAGUCUUCACUCUCAGGAUGCAGCCGAGGUGGGCCCAAGGGGCCACGAUGUGGCUUGGAGUCCUGCUGACCCUUCUGCUCUGUUCAAGCCUUGAGGGUCAAGAAAACUCUUUCACAAUCAACAGUGUCGACAUGAAGAGCCUGCCGGACUGGACGGUGCAAAAUGGGAAGAACCUGACCCUGCAGUGCUUCGCGGAUGUCAGCACCACCUCUCACGUCAAGCCUCAGCACCAGAUGCUGUUCUAUAAGGAUGACGUGCUGUUUUACAACAUCUCCUCCAUGAAGAGCACAGAGAGUUAUUUUAUUCCUGAGGUCCGGAUCUAUGACUCAGGGACAUACAAAUGUACUGUGAUUGUGAACAACAAAGAGAAAACCACAUCAGAGUACCAGCUGUUGGUGGAAGGAGUGCCCAGUCCCAGGGUGACACUGGACAAGAAAGAGGCCAUCCAAGGCGGGGUCGUGAGAGUCAACUGUUCUGUCCCAGAGGAAAAGGCCCCAAUACACUUCACAAUUGAAAAACUUGAACUAAAUAAAAAAACGGCCAAGCAAAAAAGAGAGAAGACUUCUCGGGACCAGAAUUUUGUGAUGCUGGAAUUCACCGUUGAGGAACAGGACCACGUUUUAUCCUUCCGAUGUCAAGCUAGGAUCGUUUCUGGGAUCCAUGUGCAGACCUCAGAAUCUACCAAGAGUGAACUGGUCACCGUGACGGAAUCCUUCUCUACACCCAAGUUCCACAUCAGCCCCACCGGAAUGAUCAUGGAAGGAGCUCAGCUCCACAUUAAGUGCACCAUUCAAGUGACUCACCUGGCCCAGGAGUUUCCAGAAAUCAUAAUUCAGAAGGACAAGGCGAUUGUGGCCCACAGAAGACACGGCAACGAGGCUGUGUACUCAGUCACGGCCAUGGUGGAGCACAAUGGCAACUACACGUGCAAAGUGGAGUCCAGCCGCAUAUCCAAGGUCAGCAGCAUCGUCGUCAACAUAACAGAACUAUUUUCCAAGCCCGAACUGGAAACUUCCUUCACACGUCUGGACCAAGGUGAAAGACUGAACCUGUCCUGCUCCAUCCCAGGAGCACCUCCAGCCAACUUCACCAUCCAGAAGGAAGAUACCAUUGUGUCACAGACUCAAGAUUUCACCAAGAUAGCCUCAAAGUGGGACAGUGGGACGUAUAUCUGCACUGCAGGUAUUGACAAAGUGGUCAAGAAAAGCAACACAGUCCAGAUAGUCGUAUGUGAAAUGCUCUCCCAGCCCAGGAUUUCUUAUGAUGCCCAGUUUGAGGUCAUAAAAGGACAGACCAUUGAAGUCAGUUGCCAAUCGAUCAGUGGAACUUCGCCUAUUUCUUAUCGCCUUUUAAAAACAAGUAAAGUUUUGGAGAGUAGUACCAAGAACUCAAGUGAUCCUGCGGUAUUCAAAGACAACCCCACUGAAGACGUCGAAUACCAGUGUGUUGCGGAUAAUUGCCAUUCCCACGCCGAAAUUUUAAGUGAGGUUCUGAGGGUGAAAGUGAUAGCCCCGGUGGAUGAGGUCCAGAUUUCUAUCCUGUCAAGUAAGGUGGUGGAGUCCGGAGAGGACAUUGUGCUGCAAUGCGCGGUGAAUGAAGGAUCUGGUCCCAUCACCUAUAAGUUUUACAGAGAAAAGGAGGGCAAACCCUUCUAUCAAAUGACCUCAAAUGCCACCCAGGCAUUUUGGACCAAGCCGAAGGCUAGCAAGGAACAGGAGGGAGAGUAUUACUGCAUAGCCUUCAACAGAGCCAACCACGCCUCCAGUGUCCCCAGAAGCAAAAUACUGACAGUCAGAGCCAAGCAGAUGCCAGUGGAAAUGUCCAGGCCAGCAGUACCACUUCUGAACUCCAACAAUGAGAAAAUGUCAGAUCCCAGUAUGGAAGCUAACAGUCAUUAUGGUCACAAUGACGAUGUCGGAAACCAUGCAAUGAAACCAAUAAAUGAUAAUAAAGAGCCUCUGAACUCAGACGUGCAGUACACGGAAGUGCAAGUGUCCUCAGCCGAGUCUCACAAAGAUCUAGGAAAGAAGGACACAGAGACAGUGUACAGUGAAGUCCGGAAAGCUGUCCCUGAUGCCGUGGAAAGCAGAUACUCUAGAACGGAAGGCUCCCUUGAUGGAACUUAGACAGCGAGGCUAGAUGCACAUCCCUGGAAGGACAUCCAUGUUCCGAGAAGAACAGACGAUCCCUGUAUUUCAAGAGCUCUGUGCACUUAUUUAUGAACCUGCCCUGCUCCCACAGAACACAGCAAUUCCUCAGGCUAAGCUGCCGGUUCUUAAAUCCAUCCUGCUAAGUUAAUGUUGGGUAGAAAGAGAUACGGAGGGGCUGUUGAAUUUCCCACAUACCCUCCUUCCACCAAGUUGGAGCAUCCUUGGCAACUGGAAGAGCAGAAGAGGAGAUCCAGGGCAAACAGGCCAUUGGGAUAUUCUGAAACUUGAAUAUUUUGUCUUGUGCAGAGAUAAAGACCUUUUCCAUGCACCCUCAUACACAGAAACCAAUUUUCUUUUUUGUACUCAAUCACUUCUAGCACAUGGCCUGGUUAGAGGCUGUUUUUUUCUCCUUUCCUUUGGUCCUUCAAAGGCUUGUAGUUUGGGGUAGUCCUUGUUCUUUGGAAAUACACAGUGCUGACCAGACAGCCUCCCCCUGUCCCCUCUAUGACCUUGCCCUCCACAAAUGGGAAAACCAAACUACUUGGGAGCACUGCCUUUGAAAUACCAACCUGAAGACACGGUUUAUUCAGGCAAUGCACAAAACAGAAAAUGAAGGUGGAACAAGCACAGAUGUUCUUAAACUGUUUUUUUCUACACUCUUUUUCUUUUCCUCUACCAUGCUGAAGGCUGAAAGACAGGAAGAUGGUGCCUACAGCAAAUAUUAUUCUUAAUUGAAAACUUGAAAUGUGUAUGUUUCUUACUAAUUUUUAAAAAUUUAUUCCUUGCCAGGGCAGGCAAGGUGGCUCACGCCUGUAAUCCCAGCACUUUAGGAGGCUGAGGCAGGCAGAUCACCUGAGGUCAGGAGUUUGAGACCAGCCUGAUGAAACCCUGUCUCUACUAAAAAUACAAAAAUUAGCCAGGCGUGGUGGCGCAUGCCUGUAGUAUCAGCUACUCAAGAGGCUGAGGUGGGAUAAUCGCUUGAACCCAGGAAAGGGAGGUUGUAGUGAGCGGAGAUCGUGCCACUACACUCCAGCCUGAGUGACGGAGUGAGAAUCCAUCUCAAAAAAAAAAAAAAAAAUUGCUAAAGAAGUGUUCUUCUGAAGUCUUAAGACAUUCCUGACAGUGUCUUGAGUGGGUGGGAGAGAGGCUGCUGUCAUUGCGCUGUGGAAUUUCACAGGUGAAAACCACGCCUAACCAAAAUCACUUUUCCUGUUUGCCUCAGUGACACAGCUGCAGGGACCCUUGUGGAUGUUGUAUUAAAUAAAUUUGACCUUUACUCUUUGCA